GGAGAGAGAGAAGGCGAGGCGGCUGAAACUCCGAAGUCAGAACGAAGUGACGAAAUGGCUGCAGAAGAAGAGAAAGGAGGAGGUUCAAAGGAGAAGAGAGAGGAAAAGAGCAGAGGAAUUGAAGCUGGAGGAAGAGGAGAAAAAGAAGAGAGAGAAACAAAAAUUAAAGCGUCGGGCGAGGGCAGCGUACAGGGAAUGGAAGGAAAUGAAAGAACAAGAGGAAGAAGAGACAAAGAGAAGGGAUCAGGAACAAGAAGAGGCAUCGACGAAGGAGCAGCAGAGACGUCUGGCAGCCGCUUCUCAAGCCUAUGUGUCGUGGUUGAACACUCACCCACGACUCUCCCGGCGGUACGACUCGCGGGCGUAUGCUGGGGGGAGGGUCGUGACCUACUAUGACCGGGGUCGUCCGUCGUCGCCUACUAUGGUUAAUCCGAUACCAUGGAGGAGGCUUUGAUGUUUGUUUUGUUUUGUGUGAGUUUGCGUGUUUGUUUGAGAUGAGAUGAAUAAGGCAAAGGAAGAGAUAAGAAAGGAGACAGGGCAAGAAAG